GGGCGCUGUGGCGCGGCGGCCGCCCCUCAGCCCCGUGAGGCGGCGCCGGGCCGGGCCUGGGGAGGCUCCGACCGGCCCCGCUCCACCGGCCCCGCUCCGCUCCGGCCCCGCUCCACCGGCCCCGCUCCCCCGCCUCCUCCCGACCCCUCCGCUCCUCUCCCCGCCGCCCCGCUCCUCCCCGCUCCCCCGAGCAGCAGCAGCCGCCGGUGGCCGGGAUGAGCCGCCCGCGCCGGCCUCAGGGCCGGGCUCGCCGAGCGGAGCCUCGCGGGAUGGGAUCGCUCCAGCUCUGAGCCGCGCCGCCCUCCCUCCACCAUGGGCGACUCUCCCACGGCCUCUCCCGUCGGGAAAACCCCGGAUCCCAACAACCCCCAAGGAAACUCCAGCGCCGGGGGCUCCCCCCUGAGCGUCAUCAGCGAGGGCGUGGGCGAGCUGGCGCUCAUCGACGCCGAGGUGGCCAAGAAAGCCUGCGAGGAGGUCCUGGAGAAAGUCAAACAGCUCCACGGAUCCCCCCCUGAGCGCGUCCCCAACGGAGAGAGCUGCCAGAUCCGCUGCCUGGACGACCCGCCCAUCCGCGAGGAGGAGGAGGAGAACACGCCGGCGGCCAGGACGGCCAGGAAGCGCCAGCACCAGGCCAAGCAGUCGUGGCUGCUGCGCCUCUUCGAGUCCAAGCUCUUCGACAUCUCCAUGGCCAUCUCCUACCUGUACAACUCCAAGGAGCCCGGCGUGCAGGCCUACAUCGGCAACCGCCUCUUCUGCUUCCGCGACGACGAGGUGGAUUUCUACCUGCCGCAGCUGCUCAACAUGUACAUCCACAUGGACGAGGACGUGGGCGACGCCAUCAAGCCCUACAUCGUGCACCGCUGCCGCCAGAGCAUCGACUUCUCGCUGCGCUGCGCGCUGCUGCUGGGCGCCUACUCCUCGGACAUGCACAUCUCCACGCAGCGGCACUCGCGCGGCACCAAGCUGCGCCGCCUCAUCCUCUCCGACGAGCUGAAGCCGGCGGGCAGGAGGAGGGAGCUGCCGGCUCUCGCCGCCGUGGGCGGUGACACGGGCUUGUCGCCCUCCAAACGGACUCACCAGAGGUCCAAGUCGGACGCCACCGUGUCCAUCAGCCUCAGCAGCAACCUGAAGCGCACGGCCAGCAAUCCCAAGGUGGAGAGCGAGGAGGAGGAAUUCUCCUCGAGUACGGAAAGCCUGGAUAAAUCCCUGGCUCCCCCGGCCCGGCUGGCCCCGGAGCGCGAGUUCAUCAAGUCGCUGAUGGCCAUCGGGAAGCGCCUGGCCACGCUGCCCACCAAGGAGCAGAAAACACAGAGGCUCAUCUCGGAGCUGUCGCUGCUCAACCACAAACUGCCCGCGCGCGCCUGGCUGCCCACCGCCGCCUUCCCCCACCACGUGGUCAGGGUGCCUCACUCACAGGCCGUGGUGCUCAACUCCAAGGACAAGGCUCCCUACCUGAUCUACGUGGAGGUGCUGGAGUGCGACAACUUCGACACGGCGAGCGUGCCGGCGCGCAUCCCCGAGAACCGCAUCCGCAGCACGCGCUCGGCCGAGAACCUGCCCGAGUGCGGCGUGGGGCCCGAGGCGCGCGGCGCCAGCAGCGCCCUGCCCGCCUACGACAACGACGACGAGGCCUGGGCCGUGGACGACAUCGGGGAGCUGCAGGUGGAGCUCCCAGAGAUGCACACCAACAGCUGUGACAACAUCUCCCAGUUUUCCGUGGAUUCCAUCACGAGCCAGGAGAGCCGGGAGCCCGUGUUCAUCGCCGCCGGGGACAUCCGGCGGCGGCUCUCGGAGCAGCUGGCGCACACGCCCACCGCGUUCCGCAGGGACCCCGAGGAUCCGUCGGCCGUGGCCCUCAAGGAGCCCUGGCAGGAGAAAGUCAGGAGGAUCCGGGAGGCCUCUCCCUACGGGCACCUCCCCUCGUGGCGCCUCCUCUCCGUCAUCGUCAAGUGCGGCGACGACCUGCGGCAGGAGCUGCUGGCGUUCCAGGUGCUCAAACAGCUCCAGUCCAUCUGGGAGCAGGAGCGCGUGCCCCUGUGGAUCAAGCCCUACAAGAUCCUGGUGAUCUCUGCGGACAGCGGGAUGAUCGAGCCGGUGCUGAGCGCCGUGUCCCUGCACCAGAUCAAGAAGCAGUCGGCGCUGUCGCUGCUGGAUUAUUUCCUGCAGGAGCACGGCCCCAGCACCAGCGAGUCCUUCCUGAGCGCCCAGCGCAACUUCGUGCGCAGCUGCGCCGGCUACUGCCUGGUCUGCUACCUGCUGCAGGUCAAGGACAGGCACAACGGGAACAUCCUGCUGGACGCCGAGGGCCACAUCAUCCACAUCGACUUUGGCUUCAUCCUGUCCAGCUCCCCCCGCAAUCUGGGCUUCGAGACCUCGGCCUUCAAACUCACCACCGAGUUCGUGGACGUGAUGGGCGGCCUGGACGGGGACAUGUUCAACUAUUACAAGAUGCUGAUGCUGCAGGGGCUGAUCGCCGCCCGCAAGCACAUGGACAAGGUGGUGCAGAUCGUGGAGAUCAUGCAGCAAGGCUCCCAGCUGCCCUGCUUCCACGGCUCCUCCACCAUCAGGCACCUCAAGGAGCGUUUCCACAUGAACCUGACGGAGGAGCAGCUGCAGCUGCUGGUGGAGCAGAUGGUCGACGGCUCCAUGCGCUCGCUCACCACCAAGCUCUACGACGGCUUCCAGUACCUCACCAACGGCAUCAUGUGACCCCAAAAACCCCGAAUUCCCACCCAAAAAAACACCCCCAGCAGGGGGGGGAAGGAAAAAAAAAAAUUCCAUCCCAUCCCAAAAAAAAACGGGGGGAAAAAAUGGAAAUUCCACGUUUUUCUCGCCUGGGGAAUUGAAUUUGGAGCGGAGCCAACGUGGAUUUUGGGAGGAUUUUUGGAGGAUUUUGGGGGUUGGAGGCUCCAAUCAGCCACCCCGGCCUGGACUCUGCUGGAGGAAUGGGACAGAAUUCCAUAAAAAAAUCUGGGAAAAGCACCAGGAAUGGGGAUGGGGGUUUGGGGUUUUCCUUGGAAUUCGCCCCCAGUUCCCGUGGAAUGGGGGGUGGGAAAGGGGAGGGGUGUCCUGAAGGUUGGGAAUGUCCAAAAUCCUGGAAUUCCUGGAAUUUCAGGUGUGGGGGGAUCCUUCCUAAUCCGUUUUCCUCUCCUGGAGCACCCAGGUGGGAAAUUCCAGGUGAGAUUUCAGAUAAAAUUCCCACUGGGAUUCCCUCCAAGUGAGGAAUUCCAGGUGGGAUUCCCAGUGGGAUUCCUUCCAGAUGUGGAAUUCCAGGUGGGGAAUUCCCAGCAGAAUUCCAGGAAUUUGGGGCUGGGAUUCCUCCUCCCCCUCCCCACCUUUCCUGGGAAUUCCAGGCCUGGAAUGUUGGGAUGGACCCGGGGGGGUUUUGGGGGGGUUUGUCCCAAUCCCGGAUCCCCCAAAUCCCAAAUCCUGAACCAGGGAAGGAAAAAUUCCUGGAAUUUCCCCUCCCCCACCCUGGCCUGGCCUGCUGGGCAAGGGGGACACCUGGAGUGUCCCCAAUGUCCCCCCAGUGUCUCCCCACCACUUUUUUUUUUUUUUUUUUUUUCUUCCCCUUUUUAAUUUUUAGAAUUAAAAAUCCCAAAAUUCAGAUUUCCCACCCCCCGGGGAGGGGCUUUGGGGACACCGGGAGGGGACAGAGGGGACCCCAACCCUUCCCAAGCCCCUUUUUUGGGGGGCAGGACCAAAAUUCGGGGAUGCAGCCGGAGCCCCUCCCCCCCUCUCCCUCCCCUCCCCCCUUCCCAUUCCCGGAGCUUUUCCCGGGAAAAGCAAAACCCAGGGAGGAGCCGAGGCCGGGGGCAGCAGGGGUGAAACCACUGGAGUUUAAUGGAAUCGAUUCCUACAGAAUAAAGAGAAUUCCUGAGA